GAUACAACUCCAGUUACUGAACGUACAACACCUGUCAUAACUGAGACUGUCAGGACAGAAGCAACUGUUGAAUCUACCCAGUUUACAGAAAUUCAAACUACAGGACCCUCAUUUUCCGAUCUGUCAUCAGUUAUCACAGAGACAGAUACAACACCAGUCAUAACUGAGACUGCCAAGACAGACGCAACUGAUGAAUCUACCCAGUUUACAGGUACUCAAACUGCUGAGCCAACAUUUACUGGUCUGUCAUCAGUUAUUACAGAAGCAGAUGCAACACCAGUUACUGAACGUACAACACCAGUCAUAAGUAAGACUGCAGGAACAGAAUCAACUCAAAAGUUUACCCAGUUUACAGGCACUCAAACUACUGAACCUACAUUUACUGAUCUGACAUCAGUUAUUACAGAAGAAGAUACAACUCCAGUAAUAACUAAGACUACAAGGACUGAAGCAACUCAAAAAUCUACCCAGUUUACAGGCACUCAAACUACUGAACCUACAUUUACUGAUCUGACAUCAGUUAUUACAGAGGAAGAUACAACUCCAGUUACUGGACACGCAGGUACAACGCCAGUUACUGAACGAACAACACCAGUCAUAAGUGAGACUGCCAGAACAUACGCAACUCAAAAAUCUACCAAGUUGAUAGACACUCAAACUACUGAGCCGACAUUUACUGAUCUGUCAUCCGUUGUUACAGAGGAAGAUACAACUCCAGUUACUGAACGUACAACACCAGUUAUAAGUGAGACUGCCAGAACAGAAGCAACUCAAAAAUCUACCCAGUUUAGAGGCACUCAAACUACGGAGCCAACCUUUACUGAUCUGACAUCCGUUGUUACAGAGGAAGAUAGAACUCCAGGUACUGGACGUACAACACCAGUUAUAAGUGAGACUGCCAGAACAGAAACAACUCAAAAGUCUACCCAGUUAACAGGCACUCAAACUACUGAGCCAAGAUUUACUGAUCUAACAUCAGUUAUUACGGAGGAAGAUACAACCACGGUUACGGAACGUACAACAUCAGUCAUAACUGAGACUACCAGGACAGAAGCAACUCAAAAAUCUACCCAGUUUACAGCCACUCAAACUACUGAGCCAACAUUUACUGUACUGACAUCAGUUAUUACAGAAGAAGAUACAACUCCAGUUACUGAUCGUACAACAACAGUCAUAACUGCGACUGUCAGGACAGAAGCAACUGAUGAAUCUACCCAGUUUACAG